CGGAACUUCGACAUUGAUUUUCGAGAGUUCUACUAAAGAAGGUUGUACAUAUGGAAUAUGAAGUGGUUUGGUCUACAAAAGAAAGAUUAUUGUACAUAUGAAAUCAGGAGUGGAUUGAGAUAAAAAAAUGUUUUCAUUUGAAGAGCCACCAAAUUGAACUCCGGUCAGUGCUAGAGUCAUCCACGACUUUGUGAAAAAUGAGUAGAGGUUCUUUAUUCACCAGAACUUUGUAAUGGAUUUUCAACAGUUUACAAAAAAUGUUUUUACAUGGUUGUUGGACAUGCAUAGGAUGAUGUUUUCGAUAUUCUCAGGUACUAAUAACUAUCUACAAAAACUUUAUGCUUUUUGUGUGAUGUGUGCAUCAUGUGUUCUUUUCCAAUGCAAUUACUCAACAACUUUACUUAUUCCUCUGCCAACAUAAUAUAUAUUUCAAUAUUAUUUUUCAAUAAAAAACAAAAAAUAAUAAGCGCUAUUGAUAAUUGAAUCAAAUAUCGCACAAAAACAUAAAUACUUUUGGAGGUAGUUAUGAGUGCUCGAGGAAAUCAAAAACAGUAUCAAGUGCAUGCCCAACAAUCAUGUAUAAACUUUUAUUUGCAAAAUUCUUUAAAAUCAUGACAAAAAUUCGAUAAAUAAAAAACUUCUUAGAGAUCAUUCUCUCAACCAGGCGAAAAGCAUCAACACACUCUAUGGGUAAUGAAGUCAUUCACAAUCAUUUUCUAGAUUCUCUUAGUGGCCGCAAACUUGUGCUUGAUCUUGCAACUCGCAAAAGCUUAUCAAGGACAAAACAUUGGCGAAAGGUUUAGUAUCACCAAUUAAGGUCUGCAUCUAGUCUUUACGGGUGCGAUUUUUGUGAUUUUGAAGUUAGAAACAAGAAAAAGACAAAGAGUAUCACAUAUGGUAUCUCAAGCAUAUGUCUAAAACAGCCCUAUGGUGGAUGACAAAUAAGAGUGAAAAGUUAUCAACAGUAGAUGAGUUUAGUUUCAUUUACUAACCUUCAUAGCUUAAGGAUUAUAAAUACAUAAAAAUUAUUAAAAAAAAUUCAAAAAUGCAUAUAUGUUGAUGAUUACCCCAAUUGGACAACCAUAAUAUCCAAGAAAAACACAAACAAACUCAAAGUUAAUAAGCAAAGUGACAAAAUAUUUUUUGAUAUUUUGGAAAUAUAUCCAAAUUUUCAAACAAAGUUCGUGUAUGCAAUGUGUAAUUUGUAAAAGACAAAAAAUAUUAUUGUAUUAUUCUUGUUUCACAAAUUCGUAUGUAAAAACUUAUCCUCUAUCUCAAUGGAACUCAUUUCAUAAUAUACUACACCUUUAAACAUCUCAUAGAAUUGGUCAUCUAUAUCCAAAAAUUGUGAGUUAUGAAACUCAUAUGGCAAAUUCUUAAAAUUCUUACUACUCCACUCAAAUAUCUUAUCUUGUAUUAAGUUUCAAGAAAUUUAAGAGAGUUUGUCUUUCCAAUGUAUUGUAUUGGAUAGCACAAAAGAAUAGAAAUAAAAAAUUAUAUUCUAAAAUAUUGCUGACAAUACAUGAGUUGAGUUUUAAUUAUUAACUAUAUAACUUAAAUAUAUAGUUUUCACCCUCAACUAAUUUUUCAUGUAGGACAUCAAAAAAUAUUGUUAAACAUUAUAUAACUUACCUCAUUGUACAACCAUCACAGCCGACUGAUCUAUUGUUCCAAAACUCUAAUAAUCUUAUAACUUUUUCAUAACCACAAUAUUUAAUUGAUAGUGUAGAAAACCAAGUCAUGCUACUCAUUCUACCAUUAUGGAGUUCAUUGAAAGCACAAAAGGUUUAUUCACGUUGACAAUAAUCUUAAACGGAAAAAACAUAAAAUUGAUGGUUACCCUGUUAAACAUUCAUUACAGUCUACAUAUACAAACAAACUCAAAGUUUAUAAUCAAUUUUGAAAGUAUAUCAACAAUUUUGAAUUAUUCUUGUUCCACAAAUAUGUAUUUUAGAACUCAUCCAUUAAUACAGACGUCUUUAAACAUUUUACAUAAUUGAUAAGCUAAUCAAUUCAUAUAAUAGUUUUACUAUUAUCCAAAAAGUAAGAGUUGUGAAAAUCAGGUUGCAAGUUCUUAAAAUUUUUACCACUCUCACUCAAAUAUUUGAUAUUCUAUUAAGCUCCUAAAACUUGAGAGAGUUGAGGAUCUUUCGAAUGGAUUAUCGUGGAUGACAUAGAAUAGUAGAACGAAAAAAUCAGAUUAUGAAAUAUUACAACCAAUAUAUGAGUUGAAUUUCAAUUAAUAACAUUUAAAAUUCAAUGAUAUAGCUUUCAGUCGCAACUAAUUUUUCAUGUAAGGUAUAAAAAAAACAUGGCCAGAAGUUGUUCAACUCAACUAAUUAAACAACUUUUACACCAUGCUGAUAUGUUAAUUAAAACCUCUCAUAAUCCAAUAAGUUCAACUUUGAAAUUAAGUUUUUCACAAUCACAAUAUUUAAUGGAUAGUGUAGAAAGUUGUGUCACACACAGUACCAUUAUGAAGUUCAUUGAAUGCAAAAAAUGUUCAUCCACUUUGAAAUAAUGUCAAACAAAAAAAAACAUAAAAUUAAUGGUUAAUCCGUUGAACAUCCAUCGCAAUUCGGAUAUACAUAAACAAACUUAAAGUUAACAAUCAAUGAGACAAUAUUUAUUGACAUUUUGCAAGUAUAUCAAUCACUUAGAAACAAAAAGUAGCUCAAAUAUGUACAUGCUACUGCUCAAAUAUGUACAUGCUACUGCACAAGUUGUACAUGUGAUGCAUAAUUUCUACAGAAUAAAGAAUCUCAUUACAUUAUUCUUGUACAGUUAUUUCGAGAAUCAUAUUCAGGCUCAUUACAUAUAUAUAUUUUUUGUUUUUUGAUAAUGGUGAUGAUAAUUUAUUAACUAUAUAUCAAAUUAAUUUAUUGUUUUUAUCAUAUUCGGGACGCAGCAAAUGUGUACACUAUUCAUGUAUGUUUGAUAUCUUUUCACACUUUAUUGAUAUGUUGGUCCAAGUGUUUUUUAAUCCAGCAAUCUCCAUUAACAAUUUGGAAAUUCAUAAGACUAAUUGUAAUCACUUUGUAGUUUAUCGAGCGCAAACAAAUUUUGUUUCACGUUAAAAAGAAUGAAAAAAUGAAAACCGGAAAAUUAUAAAAAAACCUAACCACAUAUAAGUGGAUUUCUACCCCCAUUGAACAUCCUUUAAGCCUAGAUAUAAAAAAUAAACUCAAAGUUAGUAAUCAAGAAGGAAAAAAAUAAUAUUAUUGAUAGUUUGCAACUAUAUCGAUUACUUAGAAAAAUAGUGACAUUAUUACUUAGAAAAAUAAUGGUAUACAAUUUCUAUAAAAUCUGGCCAGAAGUUGUUCAACUCAACUAAUUAAACAACUUUUACACCAAACUGAUAUGUUAAUUAAAACCUCUAAUAAUCCAAUAAGUUCAACUUUGAAAUUGAGUUUUUCACAAUCACAAUAUUUAAUGGAUAGUGUAGAAAGUUGUGUCACACACAGUACCAUUAUGAAGUUCAUUGAAUGCACAAAAUGUUCAUCCACUUUGAAAUAAUGUCAAACAAAAAAAAACAUAAAAUUAAUGGUUAAUCCGUUGAACAUCCAUCGCAAUUCGGAUAUACAUAAACAAACUUGAAGUUAACAAUCAAUGAGACAAUAUUUAUUGACAUUUUGCAAGUAUAUCAAUCACUUAGAAACAAAAAGUAGCUCAAAUAUGUACAUGCUACUGCACAAGUUGUGCAUGUGAUGCAUAAUUUCUACAGAAUAAAGAAUCUCAUUACAUUAUUCUUGUACAGUUAUUGCGAGAAUCAUAUUCAGUCUCAUUACAUAUAUAUUUUGUUUUUGUUUUUUGAUAAUGGUGAUGAUAAUUUAUUAACUAUAUCUCAAAUUAAUUUAUUGUUUUAUCAUAUUCGGGACGCAGCAAAUGUGUACAUUAUUCAUGUAUGUUUGAUAUCUUUUCGCACUUUAUUGAUAUGUUGGUCCAAGUUUUUUUUAAUCCAGCAAGCUCCAUUAACAAUGUGGAAAUUCAUAAGACUAAUUGUAAUCACUUUGUAGUUUAUCGAGCGCAAACAAAUUUUGUUUCACGUUAAAAAGAAUGAAAAAAAUGAAAACCUAAAAAUUAUAAAAAAAAAUAACCACAUAUAAGUGAAUUUCUACCCCUAUUGAACAUCCUUUAAGUCUAGAUAUAAAAAAUAAACUCAAAGUUAAUAAUCAAGAAGGAAAAAAUAAUGUUAUUCGUAGUUUGCAACUAUAUCGAUUACUUAGAGAAAUAGUGACAUUAUUACUUUGAAAAAUAGUGGUAUACAAUUUCUAUAAAAACAAAGGAAUCUCAUUUGCAUUAUUCUUCUUCCACGGACAUCCCCCCUAAUUGUCAGCGUCAAAUUCAUGUAAGUCCUCUACGAUCAUCCGACAAUUCCAAGUUUAGAAAAUUUGUGUGCUUAUUCUCAACCUUUUUACCAACUUCAGUUAAAUAUUUAAUCCUUUGUUCAGCUCCGCGAAACUUGGAGAGUUGUGCAUGUUUCACAAUUUGGUUUUUACUUUUAUGGUACAACUUAAAGUUGUAUCUUUAACAUUAUGGUAAAACUUGAGAUUGUAUAUGUACUCUUUUGUAUUUAAAUUCCCUUAUGGUACAACUUCAAUUUGUACUUUUAACGUUAUGGUACAAUUUUAAAUUGUAUUUUAAAGUACCAAUUCUCUACGAUAAGUAAAAGGGACGACGUCAACGUAGGCUCCUGUGGUGUUAAUUCUCUUCAAUAGCCUUUGAUUUGGUGUCAGUGGCUGAACGAGGAAUUUGAAUAAAAGAGGGGGGGGGGGGAGCCUUGAACCAUGAUACUUGGGGGAGGGGGCUAAGACCUUACUGACUACUCUAUUUCUUAAAAAUUUUACGAAUUUUACAUGCGUUUUUACUUGCAUUUCAAAUUUGAGGGGGGCUAUUGACCCUCCUGGCUUCAACCUAACUCCUCUACGGUUUGGUGUCCUUACAUGAUGAUUACUGCGGAAAGAAAAAAAAUAGAAAAUAGAAGUAAGGAAACACAUUCAAAGCCAGUAAGGAAAUACCAAAAUGUAGACACAGAACACAAAGGAGAUGGCGGCACCGCAAGUAUCCCAACUUCAUGAACUUAGGGGUCAUUUGUUUCGUGGAAUUGGAUGAUGGAUUUGGUACCCAACUCCAAUCCAUCAAGGAUUUUAACCAACUUCAUGUACUUGAGGGUCAUUUGUUUGCCCACGGAUUUAAAGAAAAUCCAUUGUUUUCUUGCACUUUUUAGGGACCAAAUCUGUAGGGCCCACGGAUUUUAAGGGUCCAAAUUGGUGGACCCCACGGACUUGUAAAUCUCAUAUAUUGAUGUGAGAUUUGGAACAUGCCAUAAAUCCAUGAUGAGAUUUUGCUCAUAGACCUUCAUGAAUUUUUACUAUUUCAAGGUUGCCCUCACAUUUACCUAUUGUACAUUAUAAUUAAUUAACAACAAAAAAAUAAUAUAAAUAUUCAAUUUUUCUAACAUUAAUAACACUAAUGGUAAACGACCGCUCUCCCUUCUCUCUUCUUUCUCUCUGUAUCGAGUGAACCCUAGCUAGUUGAUCGGCGGGGAUGGCCGCUCCGGCCAAUCCUCCCCCGGUGAAUUGGGCUCAAUUAUUUGGAGUAGGCAAGGACAACAGACUGCGAUAUGUUGCUCCGACGCUGGACAAAGGAGAUUUGGUCAUUCCUCAAGCGGUUCAAGAUGAGGGUGCGGCUCGUUGGCGUAAUUCGCUGAUGGGGCAGUUUUUGGCGAAGCCUCCAAGCUUGUUCAAAAUCUGUCGAUGGGCUCAGAGAUUCUGGGGUCGUGAUGGUAAGGUUCUGGUUACCCUUUUGGGGGAUCUUCUGAUAAUGUUUCAUCUCCCAAAUAGUGAUUCCUGUAAUUGGGUUUUUGAGAAUGGGCCGUGGCAUUGUGAGGGUAAUCCAUUGUUUGUGUGAAAGUGGGCGCCGAGAAUUCAGUCGAUGGAAUUGAAUUUAGGGGUUUUGCCUAUUUGGGUUAGUCUGCGAGGGUUACCUCUAGAGUAUCUUACUGUGGAGGGGCUUAGCAGGGUUGCAAGUAGACUUGGCAAGCCUCUAUGGAUGGAUCAGGAUACUAAGAUGAGUGCUUAGAUGAGUUCAACUAAAGUAUGCAUUGAAAUGGCAGCGGAUUCUGAAUUUCCAACGAAUUUUCGUAUCAGGCCAGAAGGAGGGGAAGCAUUGAGGAUCUCUGUAAGCUACAAGAGUGUUCCCCAUCGUUGUGCAUAGUGUGGCAUUUUUGGGCAUGAGGUUGGACAGGGAGAUGAUUGUCGUACUUUGGAAGUGUUGCAAGAUAGAGAGCUGGUGGUGGCUGGAUCAGUUGAUUUAGAGGCAUUACAAGUACAAUGGGCCCCUAAACCAGGAGAGGUUGCCACGGAAGCUCCUUUAACUCAGGAAGAAGCUCCUUUUUCCUCAAGUGUUGGGGCUGCUGCUGUAGAGGCCUCCUCUAGUGCAGGGCCUACUACAAUGCCUUCUCCAACAAUUCCUUAGUCAGCAGUGGCUCAAACACCUCCUCAGACAAUUGGGGACAGGAGUAAAGUGGUGCUGGAUGAUGAGGAGUUUCAGCUUGUGACUAGGAAAAAUAUUCAGUUUUCAGUGGGUGGGGGCAUCAGGAUUCCUCAGUUGGCAGUAGCUGCUAAAAUUCCCUUGAAUGCCAAAGGGAAUGCUAUGGUGGAUAAUAUUACCCACCCCCCCCCCCCCCCCCCCCCCCCGGAAAAAGGGAAGGGGUAACGUAAAGGUAAAUGAAGAUGAUGAGUUGGAAUCUCAGGGGAUUUAACACUCCUGAGAAGCAUAGAUACUUAAAUAAAAGGUUAUCUAGUAA